UAUUCCUACUGCGCAGGGCGAAUCAUCUUCGUUACUAAAAGAGAGAGAGAGAGGGAGACAUAUUAUAUACUGUAGUCUACAGUAGCCAAAUUACACCCGGAAAGUCUCACCACCAAGGCCAUGGAGUCGAGUUGGAUCGCCGUGGUCUGUGUGCUCCUACUCGGUUUGAUGCAGAGCAGCCUCGGAGCGGAGCAGCGGGUCAUCCCUCCAGAGAAUCUCUUGGUAAUAACAGUAGCUACAGAGGACACUGAUGGCUUCACCCGCUUUAUGAGAACCAGCAAAGAGUUCAACUAUACUGUUAAGGUGCUGGGUCUAGGUGAACAAUGGAAGGGAGGAGACGUUGCUCGUACUGUAGGAGGAGGUCAGAAAGUUCGCUGGCUGAAGACAGAACUCCUCAGACACUCUGCCAAGAAGGACAUGGUCAUUAUGUUUGUCGACAGUUAUGAUGUAAUCCUAGCCAGUGGUCCAGAAGAGUUGCUGUGGAAGUUUUCCAGACUGGGUCAUCGGCUGGUGUUCUCUGCCGAGGGCUUCUGUUGGCCUGACCAGAAACUAGCCCCCAAAUACCCCCCUGUCCACACCGGGAAGAGAUACCUCAACUCUGGAGGGUUUAUAGGGUAUGCUCCAGAGCUCAGUGAGAUUGUUCAACAGUGGAAACAUAAAGACAACGAUGAUGACCAACUCUUCUACACUAAGAUCUACCUGGACAAAGUACAACGGACCAAGUACAACAUGACUCUGGACCAUCGCUCUAGAAUCUUCCAGAACCUCAACGGAGCCAUCGAGGAGGUGGUGCUGAAGUUUGAGAAGGCUCGUGUCCGUGCGAGGAACGUGGCCUAUGACACACUUCCUGUUAUUAUCCAUGGCAACGGACCCACCAAGCUCCAGUUGAACUACCUGGGUAACUAUGUCCCGACUGCCUGGACUCACGAGACCGGCUGUGGGAUCUGUGACGACGACCUGAUAUACCUCAACGACACGCCUGAUGAAGACAUGCCCCUGGUGUAUGUGUCUGUGUUCAUCGUUCAGCCGACUCCCUUCCUGGAAGAGUUUCUAGAGAGACUGACCACCCUCAACUACCCAACCAGCCGCAUCAGACUGUUUAUACACAACAACGUGGUGUAUCAUGAGCAGAACAUUCAGCGCUUCUGGGAGAAGCAUCGUGUUCUGUUCCCUGACGCCAGGCUGGUCGGACCGGAGGAGAACCUACAACAGGACCAGGCUAGAACCAUGGCUGUGGAGGCGUGUAAGAAGGACAGUCAGUGUGAUUACUACUUCAGUAUCGAUGCUGAUGUUGUCAUCGUCAACCCUGAUGUUCUCCGUAUCCUUAUAGAAGAGAACAAGUCAGUGAUAGCCCCCAUGUUGUCCAGACACGGCAAACUGUGGUCUAAUUUCUGGGGAGCUCUGAGUCCUGAGGGGUUCUACUCUCGAUCUGAAGACUACAUCGAUAUUGUACAGGGCAAGAGAGCUGGUCUAUGGAACGUUCCCUAUAUAACUCAGGUCUACAUGAUAAAGGGGUCAGUCUUGAGAGGUAGACUGUCUCAGGUCAGUCUGUACAGUCAGGAGGGGAUGGACCCGGAUAUGGUGUUCUGCAGGGCCGUACGAGACCAGGGAGUGUUUAUGUUUGUGUCUAAUCGUGAUGAGUUUGGUCGUCUGGUCUCCUCCUCCAACUACAACACCAGCAGACUUCAUCCGGACAUGUGGCAGAUCUUUGACAACCCUCUGGACUGGAAGGAGAAGUACAUCCAUGAAAACUACUCUAAGAUCUUUGAAGACAACCAGACCAUCGUGGAGCAGCCGUGUCCUGAUGUGUACUGGUUCCCAUCCUUUACAGACAGGAUGUGUGAUGAUCUGGUGGAAACCAUGGAAGACUUUGGAGAAUGGAGUGGAGGAAGACAUACGGAUGAGCGUCUUGCAGGGGGCUAUGAGAACGUCCCUACUGUAGAUAUUCAUAUGAACCAGAUUGGCUUUGAGAAGGAGUGGCUCAAGUUCCUAAAAGAAUACAUCAGCCCUGUUACUGAAAAACUCUACCCAGGCUACUUCCCCAAGGCCCAGGCGGUGAUGAAUUUUGUAGUCCGGUAUCGUCCAGAUGAACAGCCGUCUCUCCGUCCGCAUCACGACUCCUCCACCUUCACCAUCAACGUAGCACUCAACAGCAAGGGAAUGGAUUACCAGGGUGGAGGGUUGCCGGUUCCUUCGUUAUGACUGUAAUGUGGAAGCACCUCGUAAAGGAUGGUCUUUCAUGCACCCAGGCAGACUGACUCACUACCACGAGGGCCUGCCUACAACCAGCGGGACUAGAUACAUCAUGGUUUCCUUUGUUGACCCCUAAACCCUGACCUCUAACACCUGAACACACCACCCAGGUGACUAGAUACAUUAUGGCAUCCUUCAUAGACCCAUAGACACUGGUGGCGUGUGUGCGUGUGUGUGCGUGUGCGUGCGUGUGUGUCAGUCAGUCAGUCAGUCAGUCACAUAGCAGAUGGGUCUUCUCGUUGCCGUAGUAACACAAACCACUGAGUUUCAUAGCAACCAGUUGAGCGACUUGAAUCAUGAUCAGAUCAGGCCAAUCAGCUGCAGAGAGGUCAGUCUGAUGAAACCUCACCAUGCUGCCUUUGAAAUGUACAUGUUAGUCAUUUAGUAGAUGUUCUUAUCCAGAGAGACUUACAGUCAGGACAUUCAUCUUCAGAUAGCUAGGUGGACCAGUCAUAGUCAGUACAUUCAUCUUCAGAUAGCUAGGUGGACCAGUCCUAGUCAGUACAUUCAUCUUCAGAUAGCUAGGUGGACCAGUCAUAGUCAGGACAUUCAUCUUCAGAUAGCUAGGUGGACCAGUCCUAGUCAGGACAUUCAUCUUCAGAUAGCUAGGUGGGACAACCACAUAUCACACUCAUAGUCAGUGUAUUUCUUUCUCAAUAUGCUUCCUCAUUUUUCUUCGACCCCUGACCUCUGUAGCUAGCUGUGUGUGUUUGGUGUGUGUGUGUUAAUUUAAGUGUUUGAUGUAACGGCAGGCUGAUGUGGGUGUCAUGUUACAGCGUUGCUAUAGUAACCAGCCUCUCCCUGUGAGUGGAGAAAAGAUGAUUGACACUCUCCUAAGAGAGAGAACUGAACUUUCUGAUAGAAAUACCAUGAAUAGAUCAUCUGAGCUGUUCUACAUGAUAGAAACUCUAAUCAAUAGAUCUGAAAAACACUCCACAAGGCGUAGUUCUAUAAUAUCAUGAGUAGAUCGGCACUGUCUGUUCUACAUGAUCUGUUUCUAUGUGCUGUCUGUUCUACAUGAUCUGUGUCUAUGCGGUUGUUUUGAAGGUAAUGUAUAGUUUUAUAUUUCAGAAACCAACACGACCUUGGUCUUCAGAGGUCUGUCAGAAACAUGUAUUUUAUCAUCCUGUUUUUAAACUACUGCUUCAGACUGAGGCCCAAAUGUUGCAACUUAAAUCGGGUGUUUUCAUUGGUAUAUUUUGUUAUUGUUUUCUAGUGUUCUGGUCCCAUGUUAGCAAUCAAAGUGUGUCUGUCCAUCUGACAUGCUUCUAUCAAGCUUUGUACAAAAUGCCCUAAAUUAUUUGUUAUGAUUGAGAAAUAAAGUUUCACAUUUUAAUAAAUAAUUAGAUCUAUA